GAUCGUGGGCGGCAGGUCAGCUGACCCAGGGGCGUCCUUAGAGUGUUGAAGCCGUUGGUUUAGGCCGUUCUUUCGGCUAAGGGUCUCUGCAGCGAUGGCGAGUCAGUCGCAAGGCAUCCAGCAGCUGCUGCAGGCCGAGAAGCGGGCGGCCGAGAAGGUGUCCGAGGCCCGCAAGCGAAAGAACCGGAGGCUGAAGCAGGCCAAAGAAGAAGCCCAGGCUGAGAUUGAACAGUAUCGCCUGCAGAGGGAGAAGGAGUUCAAGGCCAAGGAAGCUGCGGCACUGGGGUCCCACGGCAGUUGUAGCAGUGAGGUGGAGAAGGAGACCCAGGAGAAGAUGACCGUCCUCCAGAACUACUUCCAGCAGAACCGGGAUGAAGUCCUUGAUAAUCUCUUGGCCUUCGUGUGUGACAUCCGGCCAGAAAUCCAUGAAAAUUACCGCAUAAACGGAUAGGCGGUGGAGUCUCUUGCUCUGUGGUUGGCAUGGGAGAUGCCCUCACAGAACAGGAAAAUCUCCCCAGAGCUGAGUUCUGUUUUGGAAGGCAUUAAAUUAUUUCUCUAUGCUGUUGUAGCUCCCUUCACUUUUUGAGAGUAUCAAAUCUAGCUUUUUGUACAACUUAGUAAAUACCUUAAAUUUCAUCUUUUUAUGUGUGUCUUUAAGGAGUAAAUGUUUCCUGUGUGUUAGUGCAAGCAGUAUCACUGUUGAUUUAUCUUUUAUUAGUCUAGUAGAAAAAAAUUAAUUCUUUGAAGAAAGAGAGUAAAUUGUUCCCUUCUACUUUCUUAAAGGUCAGGGGCAUUCUCUAUGAAAAAGUAGUGAAUAGCAUUUGUAACUCCCGUGAAGCAGCAGCCAGCCUUGCAGCAGUCCAUUCUGGCUGAUUUAGGACAGUGCAUAGCUUGUUCAGGUUGCUGUUAGUGUAGCUUAACCCAAAUUGCUAGAUGCUAGGACUCAAGAAUGUCUUACGUGUUAUUUGAUUUGCUUGUAAUCAUUUAAAAGUAAAACUUUGUCUUGCCUUUCA